CUCUCCCUCUGCCCACCGUGAAUCGCCUUUUCCACACCUUCGUUACUCAAAUGCCAAAAGUUAUAGGUACCCAUAGUGGGCAUUUCCACUGCGACGAAGCCUUGGCUGUCUGGAUGCUCAAGCAAACCAAGGAAUUCAAUGGCGCAAGUCUUGUCCGAACACGCGAUUCCGAAAAGUUGGCUGAAUGCAAUGUCGUAGUCGACGUGGGUGGCGUUUACGAUCCUGCUGAACACAAAUAUGAUCACCACCAGCGUGGAUUCGCAGAAACAUUCGAUGACAAACACGCGACAAAGUUGAGCUCAGCUGGUCUCGUCUAUAAGCACUUUGGACGCGAAGUGAUUGCCAAUUUGCUGCACAAAGCUGAAACUGCAGAAGAUGUAGAAACGAUCUAUCAAAAGACUUACAAUGAUUUCGUCGAGUCUUUGGAUGCCAACGACAAUGGUAUUAGCGCCUACCCCAAUACCUUGACUCCACUGUUCAAGGAAAGCCCUACCAGUCUUGCCAACCGCGUUGCACAAAAGAAUCCUUCAUGGAACCAAAAGCUUACUGACCCUGAAGUCGAUGAACAAUUCGUUUCUGCGUCUGAUAUGGCAGGCAGCGAAUUAGCCGCGUUUGUUGCCGGCAUGGCCAAUGCCUGGUUACCUGCGCGCUCGCUCGUUGUGGACGCCUUGGAGAAACGCGACCAGGUCCAUUCUUCGGGUCGUGUGAUUGCGUUGGAACGCGCGUGCCCAUGGAAAGAACAUUUGAUGGACUUGGAAAAGGAACGUGGAUUAGAAGGUGACAAGAGCAUUCUGUACGUGCUGUACCCUGAAUCUGCGCCUGAGGGUAACUGGCGUAUCCAAUGUGUGCCUACGCGUCCCCAAGGUUUCGAGAACAGAAAGAGUCUUCCUGAAAGCUGGAGAGGUUACCGUGACCAAGAGUUGAGCCAGAUCUCAGCGAUCAAUGACUGUAUCUUUGUGCAUGCUGGAGGAUUCAUCGGUGGUAACAAGUCGCGUCAUGGUGCCUAUGAAAUGGCCCGUUUGGCUGUGGAAAUGUAAAAAAGAGCACUGCAUAGUAUAAUUUUAUUUU